AUGAACAUGUCAGAGAGAUCAUCAGAAGACGUCACGAAAGUCAGAUCUUCAAAGAUAAUCGUGAAGGAGAGUUCUCAGGUCAAUGCAUCGUCGAGAAUCUAUUACUACGGCGGAGCUUCUGUGCCGUUUUUGUGGGAGACACGGCCAGGCACACCAAAACACUGCGAAUCUAUUCGUCUUCCGCCGUUAACACCGCCUCCGUCGUAUUACUCCUCCUCCUCCGGGAAACAACUGAGCAAAUCUAGAACAAAACAGUGUCGUUUCGUGAAGUCACUGUUCAACGGGAAGCAUCACGUGUCGCGUCCUUCGUUCUCUUGGUCGUCUUCAUCAUCUUCUUCCUCUUCGUUCUCUUCCUCAUCUCCUCCGUCUAAAUCAGAGCAUCGUCCGAGAAAAUGUUACCUUUCUUGCUCGAGAUCGUACGUUAAGGACGACGAGGAGGAAGAGAUUGGAAGGUCGUCAUCGCCGACGUCGACGUUGUGUUAUAAUUAUAAAAGACGGUUUAGUUCGUCAAUGGGGAGUAUGAAGAGAGCUUUGUGUUCUGUUCUUAGCCAUGGAUCUAGUCGUAAAGAUCUUAGAUUCAUUUAA